GAAACAGGUUGAACACUUUGUGUAGCGCAGAAGUGCAUAGCCUUCAUUUCCACAGAGGGACAUUUAGGUAUGCAAGGAUGUUAACUAGGGAUGUUCCCAUCAGGGUUUGAUGCUGCCGAUUCCGAUACCGUCUGCAGGUCUGAUCUAAGGAAAUCACACAUCAGAAACUUUAUGUCCUGCCGAGGAAGCAGCAAAUGAGCAUUAGUCGCCGCGACAGGAACAUUAGUAGGUGUACCAAAUUCCAACAUGAGAAACGUUAAGGAACGAGACGUUUGACUGCCUCGCUAUAUAGUCACAUGUCUACUUUGUAAACAGCACUGACCUCACGUCCGGUCGUGUGGCACCAGCGGGGUGAGGUUUGAUUUCCUUGUAUUCAAACGCAUUCUACUCACCUGAGUGGCCAUGCGCAUCACUUUAUGCCAAGGCGUGUUAACUGGAGCCAUCCUCAUCAACCUCCUGAUCCUCUACUAUGUGUCCCGGGCCCAGCAGCAGAUGAUUGAGAAGAGGAAGGAACAGGGCAGGGGCACCAGGAAGGCUGCCUUACUGGAGGCGGGCAUAGGGCCUGGAGGUGAGCCCAUAGGGGCCCCGGUGGCCGCUCGCAGCCGCGCCCCUCGCGUGACGGUGCUCCUUAGGGAGUUUGAGAACUUCGAGAAUUAUGUUCAGGAUGCGGCGACUUCCUUCUUAAGACAACGGCCGGAACUUCCUUUCCUGGUGGUGGCUGACGCGCCUCCAUACCCGCCUCUGGUGCUCCCCGAUGGCGCUCGGCUUCUUGUGCUCUCGCCGAGUCCAGAUCAGCCGCCGCAAGCUCACAGGCCCGAGUUCCACGUCCAGACGGAGUUUGUGCUCCUGCUUCCUGACGGGGUGGAGCUGGAUCCGCCCCGGCUCAUGGAGAGGCUGAUUAAGGAGCUGGAAGGCGAAGGCGGCGGCCCGGUGAGGCUGGUGGCGUCGCCCGUGCUGACUCGCUCGGCCGUGCAGUGUCUCCACCUGCGGGUGAACCUGCGAGAGUGGACCGCUUCUUACUCCACAGCUGCGUCGGGAAGCAGCGGGAGCGUGUGCACGGCCUUGCAAGGAGAUGCCGUGGUCCUCAUCCGCACGGAGGAUCUUUUUAAUCUCUCUGUACCGCUUGGGAGGCCGCUUUUCUCCUCGCUCUUCAUCCAGACCGCUCUCCGGGGCUGGAAGGUUAAACUUCUGGAGAGUCCGUGUUUCUCCACCAACCGCCGGCCCCUCUUCAGCUCGGCUCACAACCAGUGGAAGGCCGACACCCGCCUGAAGGAGGCCACGGGGAAGAUGAUGAGGAGCUUCGGCGUGAAGCGUCUCCUGCUGCCUGACGGGAAGGAGCAGUGGCACGGCUGCGGCAAAGAGACGCCUCGCUGCUUCGGCACGGUGCAGGACGACACCCCGGAUUACCUCUACCUGGAUCGAUGGACGCCACCUUGUUGUCUGCGGGCUCUCCGAGAAACCGCCAAAUACGUCAUCAACAUCCUGGAGAGCUCCGGGGUGCGCUACUGGCUGGAAGGCGGGACCCUGCUGGGGGCCGUCCGCCACCAGGACAUCAUCCCGUGGGACUACGACGUGGACCUGGGCAUCUACCUGGAGGACAUCCCCAACUGUGAUCACCUGAAGAACCUGGACUCCGGCUCUCUGGUGGACGCCAACGGCUACGUGUGGGAACGCGCGGUGGAGGGCGACUUCUACCGGGUGCAGUACAGCGAGGCCAACCACCUGCACGUGGACCUGUGGCCCUUCUACCCCCGCAACGGCGUCAUGACCAAAGACACGUGGACCGAGCACAAGCAGGACGUAGAGUUCCCCGAGCACUUCCUGCAGCCGCUCGUGCCCAUGCUGUUCGCGGGCGCCGCCGCCUACGUACCCAACAACCACCGCGCCUUCUUGGAACUCAAGUUCGGAGAGGGGGUCAUUGAGAACCCCCAGUAUCCUAACCCUGCCAAGAAAGGUCUGGACAGAGCCAAAAUAUGAGAGGAAGACAUUUGUUUACAUGGCGGUACACACAACACAUCUUAAUGAGCACACGUUACAUUUCAAUACAGAAGUGACAUCGUUUGUCAGUCAGUAUUAAACACCAAAUUGUUGAAAGUGUCUUGUGCAAUAAACUGUCUC